AAUCACUGUGCAAAUAGUUUUCCCUGAGGAGAACGUGUGUACUGAUAGCAAACUGGAUGAAGCUUCAAUUGCAAUAUCACCAAAAUAAUAAUUGCCAGUUAGGAUGUUUCUGUAAUAUGCCCCCAGGUCUCAAUUUCCCCAGCGCUUAAAAGUCAAGUUGCUAUUUUCACCCCCCAGGAGACCCCUGACCUUCCCUGCCUAGGGUGGACCACGAUUGGUCGAGAGAGUUUUAAAAGACUACAGCUGGCAGUUCAUUGGCUGGAUUCCCAGACGGCUGUAACGUUGCUGGUAUAUAAGGGAAGGCGGGCUGUCUGUGAGCCCAUUGGCAGCUCGGGAGACACAAGGGCAGCAGAGGGUUGCAGGCACUGUGGAGGAUUGAUGCAGACUGCCUUUCCAUUACAGCAAGCAAAUCAAAGGAGCUGAGCAGUUUGAUUACAACCAGGCUUCCUUGCUUGUCAGAUAAAACAGCAGCGCUGCGACCUUGCGCCCUUCCAGAAACUUCUAAAGCUUGAACUCCAAGACAGCAAUGGCAGCCGCCCACCGUCUAGUGAUCGUGGGUCACGGGGAGAGCAGCUGGAACCAGGAGAACCGCUUCUGCGGCUGGUUCGACGCGGACCUCAGCGAGAAGGGCACGGAGGAAGCCGAGCGCGGCGCCAAGGCCUUGAAGGACGCAGGCUACCAGUUCGACGUGUGUUACACCUCCGUCCUGAAGAGGGCGAUACGCACGCUCUGGGCCAUCCUGGAGGGCACCGACCAGAUGUGGCUGCCGGUGAUUCGCACCUGGAGGCUGAAUGAACGCCACUACGGGGGCCUGACCGGCCUCAACAAGGCAGAAACUGCGGCCAAGCAUGGGGAGGAGCAGGUCAAGAUCUGGAGGCGCUCCUUCGACAUCCCGCCACCCCCCAUGGACAAGGAGCACGCCUAUUACCAGAGCAUCAGCAUGAAGAGGUGCUAUGCAGGGCUCAAGCCGGGUGAGCUGCCCACCUGUGAAAGCCUGAAAGACACGAUCGCCCGGGCGCUACCCUUCUGGAACGAGGAAGUCGCCCCACAGAUCAAAGCGGGCAAGAGAGUGCUCAUCGCUGCCCACGGCAACAGCCUAAUUCAAUACAGUCUAGUGUAGAGAACUCAGUGCUGUACUGGGGAUCUGAGAG